AGAACGACAUUGGCCUUUUAUCGGGUUAUAGACUACAAUAGAAUAAUUAAGGUAUGGUCACACUUUAAAUAAAAUACAAGCUGAACAGUCGUGUUAUUUUUUAGCAAAUAUGAAGUUCCCCAUUUGCCUAUUGAAACAAGGCACUGGACGCCGUGUGUUUACACACCCCAUCAACCCUAAGAUGACCCUGGACAUACAAGUCCAGUACCAUCAGCGACAAGACGGUCUCAAGUCUAGUCACGUGACUGUCUACCUUAACACAAGUACUUUAGCUCAAGGACGUAUCUUGAUCGACCACGCAUGGUCUGUAACACCCCGAAAAGUUAAAGCAAAUAGAACAGUUGAAGUCACUGGAAAGAUCAAAGUUCACAGUAAAUCUAAAGCUAAGAGAUGGUUUCAAGCUCAUGAAGAGGUACAGACAAGAGUGUGUAUGAAUGGAUUCACCUUUGGCCACGAUAUGUCUGUCGAUCUGGAUCUAAAAAAUUGCACUGGUGAAAACGUUAGCAACAAAGUUACAAUCUUUGUCGAGUUCCAUUUUCUAGGUGACAAAGAAGUCAAUGCUGAAUUUAAAAAUUUGAAGAAAAUCUUUCUGCUUAGUCAGAAGAAAAGGUAUCAUGAAGACUUAGCUACUAAAUCAUACAUGGUGCUAAAUGAACUGAUUGACCCAACGAAACUGCUCAGGUGUAUAAAAAAGAGCAAUGCAGGCUUACUCAACAAGAAAGAAAUUACAAAGAUCAAAUGCAUACUGCAGGAAAAGGAUUAUUCCCAAAGCUUACGACAACUGAUGUUCCAUCUUUCAUGCAAGAAAAAAUGGAUUUCAAAGUUGAUCAAUAUUCUUCAAAAACGCGAUCAGAAAAAAAUAUAUUUCUUGUUACAAAUGAUACAAUUCUACUACGGCGAUCACACCCGUGGAUGGACUGCCAGUUACAUUCUGACAAAACUAAAAGAACCUCUAGAUGUUUAUAAAAGCCUACAGAAGCUUGCGGUACUCCUCUCUCUGGCUGUAAUGCUGUCUGUAAUCGCCUUUGUAAUAGCAGUACAUGCCAUCUACACUAGCACAGUAGCCACACAAAAUCUGUUGUCGAUACAGAUAAUACCAGUGAAAUCAGGUAAAUCAUUUCAUUACGUGUUCGAACAACAAAAAAUAAUAUUACAGGUCACGGUAUCUUUUUAUUUAUUACACAUUGUAUUUGUAUCUUAA